GAAAGCCUACUCGCUGUGCCUUGGUAUUCGGAUCUUCCACAGAACAGCACACUUUAUGGAAAUCAACAAAAUGCUACACUCGCGACAUCUUCAGUAGAAAGUUCACGAAUAAUUUGACGUAACAAUGUUUUUCCUGUUGAGUCCGUGAUCUCCCGUUUGUUCGCGCUCGAUAGUCGAAUGUGGUGGAACGCGGAUGUAAAGUAGCUUUGUCAUCACCACUGAUUUUAUUUACUGUCGUUCCCUGAUUAGAUAUUCCCGUUAAAGAUUAAAGAUCGUUUCAAGAUGUUAAAGAAGAUGAAGGUCUACGUUAUUGGUGUCGGCAUGACGAAAUUCGAAAAACCAGGGAAACGCGAUGAUUUCGAUUAUCCGGACAUGGCAAAGGAAGCAGUGACCAAGGCACUACAGGACGCACAGAUUUCUUACGAUUCGAUAAAAGCUGCCUGCGUCGGAUACGUUUAUGGCGACUCCACCUGUGGUCAAAGGGCACUGUAUGAAGUGGGAAUCACCGGCUGUCCCGUGUACAAUGUAAAUAACAACUGUUCUACCGGAUCAACGGCUCUAUUGAUGGCUAAACAAAUAAUAGAAAGUGGUAAUACCGAUUGUGCUUUGGCUCUUGGGUUUGAGAAAAUGGAAAGGGGCUCUUUAAUGUCCAAAUUCAUGGACCGUACUAAUCCUAUGGAUAAACACGUAGAAAUUAUGGCCGAUAUUGCUGGCAUAAAUGAAAGUCCAGUCACUGCACAGCUAUUUGGAAAUGCUGGACUAGAACACAUGAAGAAGUAUGGCACAAAACCAGAGCAUUUCGGAAAGAUUGCUUACAAAAAUCAUUUACAUUCCAUGAACAAUCCAUACUCUCAGUUCCAAGAUAAAUACACCUUGGAACAAAUAAUGAAUUCCCAGAAAGUAUUUGGACCGCUCACUAAGCUUCAGUGUUGCCCAACAUCCGAUGGUUCGGCAGCUGUGGUUUUAGCCAAUGAGGACUUUGUUCGCAAGCAUAAACUUGAAUUUCAAGCAGUAGAAAUAGUAGCAAUGGAAAUGUCUACAGACUUGCCUUCAACGUUCAAAGAAAAGAGUUCCAUCAAGCUUAUUGGAUAUGAUAUGACAAAGAAUGCGGCCGAAAAAGUAUUUACACAGAGUCCUUAUAAGCCAACUGAUGUGGACGUGGUAGAAUUACACGAUUGCUUCUCAACUAACGAGCUAAUCACCUACGAAGCACUAGGUCUCUGUGCACCCGGUCAAGGUGGCAAACUGGUCGAUGCUGGGGACAAUACUUAUGGUGGGAAAUAUGUAGUAAAUCCUAGCGGAGGUUUAAUCUCAAAGGGACAUCCUUUGGGGGCAACUGGAUUGGCGCAGUGUGCUGAGCUCUGUUGGCAGCUUCGUGGUCAAGCUGGCAAAAGACAAGUGGCCAAAGCGAAACUUGCCCUCCAACACAAUAUAGGCUUGGGUGGAGCUGUUGUGGUUGCUCUCUACAAAUUAGGUUUCCCCGAGCAACAGCAACAACAACAACAAAAACAGCAAAAACAGCAAGGUGCAACGAAACCCAAUCUAAGUGGGCAUCCUGAUCCAACUGGCUUCAAAGCGGAUGCAUUGUUCAAAAUAUUAGAGGUUGCGAUGCAAGAGGACGAAGAUGGUCUGAUUGAAAAAGUUCGCGGAAUAUACGGGUUCAAAGUAACAAGCGGACCGGGUGGCGCUGAGGGGUUCUGGAUCGUGGACGCUAAAACGGGAAAAGGAAAGGUUGAAUAUCAAGGGAAAGACAAACCGGAUGUUACGAUCACCAUUAACGACACCGACAUCGUUGACUUCAUAUCUGGAAAACUGAACCCGCAGAAGGCCUUUUUCCAAGGAAAAAUUAAGAUUCAAGGCAAUAUGGGAAUGGCAAUGAAACUGAUCGAUUUACAGAAAAAGGCUGCGAAAAAAAUUGAACUACUCCGUGCAAGAUUGUAGGGUGUGGAAAUCUGGAAAUUCACGUUCUAAAGAUUCUUUCGUACGUUAUCGAAAUUGAUGUAAAUAUGAUACCGAUAAACGCUUAAAUUUGAAAGAUUCGGGAGAAAAACAUUACGUAACCGUGCAAUCGAUACUGAUUACGAACGAAUUGCACACUCAUCUAUAUACCUGAAACCAUAAUUGUAUUUACUCUCAUUCCUGUUACGUAAACAUAAACCUUUUGAGCAAAAAAAAUCAGAAUGUUUACGAGUUAUUAUACAGUUAAUGUGUCGAUAGGAAAUUUUAUUUUUCUAAACAAUGUUAAU